AUGUCUCUGCCUCUCGCCCGCCGCUUCGCGUCUGGAGUGUUCUCCAGGCCAACAUUCACUCCGACUCAGCUCUUCCGAUCCUCAAUUCCCCAGCGCCUAUCCUCCAGCAACGCGCCCAAGUCCUCGCCUCCUCCGCGCCCGACCUCCGCGCCCCAUAACGACCGCUCGCAGUUCAAGAUCCUGCCCAUCCUCGCAAUCAUAGCCGUUGGUUCUGGCUCCUACGUGUUCCUUGUGAAGUCUCGCACUGGACAAUCAACACAGCGCCCAUCGAAUUAG